AUGCACAACGAUGCAAGUCGGGCCAAUCAUCUGCGUGCACCUGCGAGCAUGCGCACUGCUGCCAUCUAUGGGUGCAACGCUGGACAGCCGCAAUGCUGCAGCGUUGGCACGCCGUCGACCUGCAGUGUUGGCAGGUCGCCUUUCUGCAGUGCUGGCGCGGCUCCUCUAUGUAACGCUGGCAGGCGGUCGACCAAGCUGUGCUGGCGGUCGACCAAGCAGUGCUGGUGGUCGACCACGCUAGCUGUAGGGUUGCUAGUCGUUCGUAGGCCGGCAGCAGCGGUAGUCACCAUGGUCGACCCCGUAGCUGAUGCGGGUGUAGCGGACACCUUGGAGGCACGCUUGGCUAAUGCGAGGAAACGCCACGCGGAUGGCGAGUACGGGACGAUCCCCUUGCUGAUCGUCGAGUUGGGCAUCCGGUCGCAGUGGGCGACGGAACACCCUUCCCGUCCUGCAUCUCCUCGACCGGUACGAAACGAAGGUGGCGUCGACGACGAGGUCGACGGCGGUGCACGAGUCAGCGGCAGCGAAGGCACGAAGCAGAGAGGGGUGAUCAAGGUCGACGGUGGCGUCGACGGGAUUCAGGCGCGAGCGCAGCGAUCGACGGCGGCUUCAGGCAGCUCGCGUGCCGACGUCGAUGGUCGACGUCGCUCUCCUCUACGAAGCGGUGGAGGGCUCUCGGCGACGACGCAUGUGACGGCGGGCGGGAUUGCACCGGCGUAUGGCUACUUCAAGUUCUCGCCGGACUGGAUCACCGUUGCACUGCUGCAAGGUCGACAGGACCUCAUCACCUGGAGGGAGUCGAUAGAACCUCAGCUGGAGGUUGCCGGGCUGAAGGGCUUCGCCAACGGCACAGUGCCAAUUGCGCCAGUGGACGAUGUCGAGCUGCGCGGGGAGUUCCGUGCGGCUCACUUGCUCACCUUCAUGGUCAUCUCGAGGUGCUGCUCGCCGGUGGUGCAGCUGGCGCUCAGGAGCUGUCGAGAGCGACUGGAUGCUGGUCACCAGGCAUGGCACUUCAUCCUGUCGACGUACCAGGCCAGGGACGACCUGUACAUUGGACAGCUGGAGGAGAAGAUGACACACAUUCGGAUGGGCGAGCAAGAGUCGGCGACGGACUACUGCAACCGUGCUCGAUGGAUCCUGGCUGAGAUGCGGAUGGCGGGCGCCGAAUACUCGACGGCGUCCUACAUCACUCACAUUGUCAAGGGCCUGCCGCGCAGCUACAACCUCAUGAAGAGGAUGAUGACGGUGCCCGGCACGCGUGAGUCCCUCGACGAGGACUCCAUCACCAGCUACAUCCUUCAAGACGAGGCCAUGCAGGAGGCCGAACAGCCCACGGAGCUCCUUCCACACGCAAACUACGCUGCACCGACGAAGCUGAAUCAGCAGCAAGGGCAGCACGGGAAGCCGGGCGGAGGUGGUAGCGGAGGUGGGCGGUCGACGAAGGACGUCGACGAGAAGAGGUCGACGUGGGACUAG